AUGGUUCUGCUUAGUUCCUUGGCCGUCGUGGCCACUGUAGCAAGUCUCGCUACCAGCCAGACCACUAGCACUAUCGACCCAAGUACCGUUUCAGAAUCGACGAGAAAGCAAUGGUGUCAAUCGCAAACCUCGGCGUGUCCCCUCAUCUGUCUGCAACUACCAGGGGCCUCAGGCAGCCCCACUGAAAACAAAUGCGACUUCAAAACCCUUGUAUACUCGUGUAUCUGCAGCAACCAUCAGUCUCCCAACGCAUCUGAAUACUCCCAGACAAUCCCCUACUUUGUUUGCACCGAGAAAAACAACCAAUGCGUGAAAGACUGCGACGGUGAACAACAGUGCCAGUCUGACUGCCGCUCCAAGAACCCUUGUGGUGCUCAGGAGCCCAAGCGUGUCAACACUACCACUUCUGCAACUACCAAGACCGCUCAAGCGACCACUUCGUUGCCUCCUUUCACUGGCGUCCCGGACAAGAAUGGAGUCGCCUCCAGGCCGUCGGCAGAUUUGAACCAAAUCUACGGUCUGGCCGUUGUGAUGGCCGGAUUCUUUGCCGGCUUUGCGACCUUGCUGUGA